UCCAAAAUCUCUGUUUGUUUGAUGGAAAAAUCAGAAGAAAAGUAUCGAGAGUUUUUUGCCUGUUUGGAAAACUAUGCUUCGCUGAGGAAAAAAAUGAAAAUGGAAGAUCAACAAAUUUGCCUGAAUUGGAAGAGUAACUGAGGUUUUAGGUUGUGGGUUGCUUUAUUUUCUUCCUUUUUUCGGCAGCAGGCUAUUGAGUUUUGUGGAUUCCAUGGAUUUAUUAGAAUUUGAAAAAUCUUUGUUUGAUUAUUGGAAAAAUGAAAGAAAACGAAAGAAAAUUAGACAUGCUGUUUUUUCUGUUGUUUUUCUGUUUCAUAGAAGAAACUAUGCCAAAAUUUGGGAAGGUUUAAUGAGGUUCAAGAUCGUGGGUUCUUUUCUCCGUUUUCCAGUUAUCAAACAGAUUUUUGUAGAUUUCUACGAAUCUCUCAAAUCUCUGUUUGGUUUGUGAGAAAAUGGAGGAAACGGAAAGAAAAAGUGUGGAUGAUAUGCUUUCUGCUCUUUUGCUUCAUAGACGAAAAUGAAAGGCUUGACUUAGUUAUGUCAAAUGUGAGAAGGUUUACUAAGGGCUUCUGCUCCUGGAAAGGUCUUGAUGACUGGGGGUUACCUAAUUUUGGAGAGACCCAAUGCAGGAAUAGUGCUCAGCACAAAUGCUCGAUUUUAUGCUAUUGUGAAACCCCUGCGCGAAGAUAUCGAGCCUGAUAGCUGGGCUUGGGCAUGGACAGAUGUGAAAUUAACAUCUCCUCAGCUCUCCAGAGAAACUAUGUACAAAAUGUCACUAAAAAAUUUAAUGCUCCAAUGUGUUUCUUCAAGUGAAUCAAGGAAUCCUUUCGUUGAGCAAGCAGUGCAAUACACUAUAGCAGCUGCACGUGCAACACUUGACAAGAAUAAUAAUGAUUUUUUACACACAAAACUCUUACAAGGUCUUGAUAUUACAAUCUUAGGUUGCAAUGAUUUUUAUUCAUACAGGAAUUAUAUUGAAGCACGUGGACUCCCUUUGACACCAGAUGUGUUGGCUGCCCUUCCGCCUUUUACACCAAUUACCUUUAAUGCAGAGGAAUCAAAUGGAGAGAAUUGCAAACCUGAAGUGGCAAAAACUGGACUGGGUUCAUCUGCAGCAAUGACAACAUCAGUGGUUGCUGCUUUACUUCAUUACUUUGGAGUUGUUAAUUUAUCUUCAUUGAAUAAAGAUCAACACCAAGAAAAAGAUUGUGUGGAUCUUGAUUUGGUGCAUGUGAUAGCUCAAAGUGCUCACUGCAUUGCACAAGGGAAAGUUGGCAGCGGUUUUGAUGUCAGCUCUGCAGUUUAUGGCAGUCAACGAUAUGUCCGGUUUUCCCCGGAAGUCCUUUCUUCUGCUCAGGUUGCAGUGAAAGGACUGCCCAUACAAGAAGUCAUUCAUGAUAUACUAAAAGGAAAUUGGGACCAUGAAAGGACUAAAUUUUCCUUGCCACCGUUGAUGACUCUUUUGCUAGGAGAACCAGGCGCUGGAGGUUCAUCAACACCAUCAAUGGUAGGUGCUGUAAAGAAGUGGCAAAAGUCUGACCCUGAGAAGUCCCUAGAAACAUGGAGAAAGUUGUCAGCGGCAAAUUCAGCACUUGAAACACAAUUCAAGAUUUUGAGUAAAUUAGCAGAGGAAAAUUGGGAUGCAUAUAAAUGUGUGAUCAACAGUUGCAGCAUUCAUAGGUCAGAGAAGUGGAUGGAGCGAGCCACUGGGCCAGACCAAGAAGCAGUUGUUAAUGCAUUGUUAGCAGCAAGAGAUGCAAUGCUUAGGAUCAGAAGUAAUAUGCGCCAGAUGGGUGAGGCUGCAGGCAUCCCGAUAGAACCCAAUUCUCAAACUCGGCUUUUGGAUGCUACUAUGGACAUGGAAGGAGUUCUAUUGGCUGGAGUUCCAGGAGCAGGUGGAUUUGAUGCAAUUUUUGCUGUCACCUUAGGGGAUUCAAGUAGCAACAUAACCAAAGCAUGGACUUCGCUCAAUGUGCUGGCUAUGCUAGUCAGAGAAGACCCUCAUGGUGUUUCUUUAGAAACUGGUGAUCCACGAGCCCAGCAAAUUACAUCAGCCAUUUCUUCAGUUCACAUAGAAUGAAGGCACUUGUUGUAUUUUAAUAAGUGAGGUUUAUCAUCUUAAAAUUAGAACUAAAUAUGAUACGCUUGAUGAGUACUAGAAAAUAAGUUUUGAAGGCUAAAAGAACCCGGCAAAACAAUGAGGUAGGUGAUUUUACCUCUUGUAAUUUAUUUGAAUAUUGUGCAAUAUAAAGUUACUCGAACUCAUGUCCUGAACACACAUUGUUAUGUCCACUGGGACAAUACAAAUGCUUUUGGCUACAAA